AUGAGGGAGGAUCUGGAGCCCCGGACGGUGAACAAGCCGGAGACGGCAAUGGGACAGGAUGUGGAAAACGACGCCGCUGUCCACGACACCAGUCCGCUUCCCAAGGCCGCCGAUGCCCCCACCACGAACCUGCUGCGGCGGCUGACUUCCUGGGGCGUCGAGGUGCGUGGAAUUGCGCCGGUGCCGGAGAAGGACCAGACCAAGACUCAGUACCACAAUGUCUUCUUCCUCUGGUUGAGCAUGCUCGUCAACCUGCUGCCCAUCAUCACAGGAAUGCUCGGUACCCUGGGCUAUGGCCUCAGUUUACGAGACACGUCUCUCACCAUCAUAUUCUUCAGCCUUCUGUGCUACCUGCCCACCGCCUACUUGAACGUCCUGGGCCCGCAAACCGGAAUGCGCCAGAUGAUCCAAGCACGUUACUCUUUCGGCUACUUUCCAGUCACUAUCGUCGUCAUCCUGAACAUGAUGACCGUCGUCGGUUUCACCGUCAUCGCGGGAAUAGUUGCCGGACAGACCCUUUCUGCCGUUUCAGACGGAAGAAUCUCAGUCGCCCUCGGCAUCGUCCUGACCUUCGUCGUGGGCUUGUUCAUGUCCUUCUGCGGAUACAAGGUCAUCCACGUCUACAACCGAUGGUCAUGGCUGGGCGUUCUGAUCUGCUUCAUCAUCAUGACCGGCUGUGGCGGAAAGCAUCUGUCUGAGCAGGCCGAGGCGGCGCCUGCAGAUGCCCCGAUGAUUCUGAGCUUCGGAUGCUUGAUCGCCGGUUUCUCCAUCGCCUUUGCCGGACUGAUGUCUGAUUACUCCGUCUACUACCGAACCACCGCUCCCGCCACCCGGAUGUUUCUGUACCCUUACCUAGCGCAGAACCUGUCCACGAUCCUGCUCAUGAUCCUCGGCGCCGCAAUCGGCGGCGCAGUCCCCAACGUGCCCGCCUGGGCCUCGGGCCACGCGCGCUUCUCGACGGGCGGCGUGCUGGAAGCGAUGCUGCGGCCGGCGGGCGGGUUCGGCAAGUUCGUCGCCGUGCUGCUGGCCUUUUCGCUGACGGGCAACGUCAGCGCGUCCAUGUACACGGUCACGCUCAACUGGCAGAUCCUGAUCCCGUGGUUCGCCCACAUCUCGCGCGUCGUCUUCUCCGUCGUCACCACCGCCGUCAUGAUUCCGGUCGCCAUCGCGGCGGCGAAUGACUUUUUCGAUUCGUUGGAGAAUUUUCUGGGCAUCGUGUCGUAUUGGCCUGCCGCUUUCGCUGCCAUCGUCAUCGUCGAGCACCUCUACUUCCGCAAGGGCGACUCGACUACGUACGAUAGGGACAUCUGGAAGGAUGCCGCGAGGCUGCCGAGCGGCAUCGCGGCCAUCACUGCCGGCAUCGCGUCCUUUGGGUUGGUCAUUCCCUGCAUGGCCGCGACCUGGUACACGGGGCCGAUUGCGGAGCAUACAGGGGAUAUUGGGUUCGAGGUUGCGUUCGCGUUGGCCGGGUUGCUGUACGUACCGUUGAGGACGUUGGAGAUUAGGAUUCAAGGGAGGUUGUAA